CAGCCCCAGCAACCCAGCUCUACUUUGUUCGUGCGCUCGUCGAAGGGGAGUCGCGUAAAAAAAACGACUUCUGUCCUACAUGUUUUGAAUUCAAUGAACCGUGUUUUGUAUAAUGUCCGAGAAUGUCAAUUUCUGGAACUCUGAGCAACUAUUAUGUGGACUCUAUAAUAAGUCACGAGAGCGAAGAUCCGACUUCAGCCAGGUUUUCCAAUGUACAGUAUUCCAACUCCAGGCAACCGGGGGGACAUGGCGAGCAUCCCGAAUUCCCCUCUUGUAGCUUCCAGCCUAAACCUCCAGUUUUUAGCUCGUCCUGGAGCCCUUUCAGCCCCCAUGCCUCCAAUGGCUUACCAGCGGUUUACCAUCCAUACAUCCCGACUCAGCCCGUGCCUUCCACCGACACCCGAUACAUACGCACUUGGCUCGACUGCGCUCCGCGCUCGGAGUCCCUCCCCGGGCAGGGACAGGUCAAGAUGGAGCCGCUACUGGGACACCUCGGGGAACCCCCCAAAAUCGGUGGACACGAGUACAUUUUGGAAUCCUCUUCGGCAAGAGAGAUGAAUUCCAGCCAGGGCUCCGGAUUCGAGGACAAUAAGGAUAUUUGUGAAGUUAGCGAAGACAAAGACGGGCCAGAUCAAAAUGACCCCUCUGCCAACUGGUUGCAUGCCCGGUCUUCCAGGAAGAAGCGGUGCCCUUACACGAAAUACCAAACCCUCGAGCUCGAGAAAGAGUUCCUCUUCAACAUGUACCUCACCCGGGACAGAAGGCAUGAGGUAGCACGCUCGCUGAACUUGACCGAGAGACAAGUCAAAAUAUGGUUCCAAAACCGACGGAUGAAAAUGAAGAAAAUGAAUAAGGACCAACCCAAGGAUUAAGAAAAAAAGGGAGUUAUAUUAAAAACACCACCAUCACAAAGAGUCUGCUUUCGCGUGACUUUUUCCUUAAAUAGGCAUACAUGGACUGUCAUGGGUAAAGUGGGGGUGCAGGAAGCUUGUUUUUAUUAUUUUCCAUAUCGAUGUGAAAAACACCCUCUGAUAUUAUAGAAGCGCAGACCAGUAAAGAAAACUCUUAUGGUCCUUUGUAGCUGAGUUGGUAUAGCAUGGCGCUUGUGACGCCAGGGAAGUGGGUUUGUUUCCCGGGACCACCCCUUACAUAAAAUGGAUGCACGCAUGACUGUAAGUGCUUUGGAUAAAAGCGUCUGCUAAAUAGCAUAUAUUACAUUAUAUAGUAGAAAGGAGGGUGGAUUCACGCGGCUCGUUCUCAAGCACUACUUUUAUCACUUAUUUAUUGCUUUACGCAUGACACCAACGCUUCAUCAGGAGAGGCAUGGAAGUGCUGAAGCGUCGGUUCCGUGUGGUCAUUAAUACAUAAGAGAAACAGUUGUAGUUAAAGGGAGUGUGCGACCUGCAUUUAUUCUUAUCUUUUAGUUUUUUCGCUCCAUUCCUCUCUUCAGCUCCAUAGAUGCGCCAGACAUAACUGGUCUUUCACGAAAAAUACAUUAUUUUAUUAUUCGAGCAGCAGUUCCCCCAACUCAGUCGCCCCAAUUAUGUUAUAUUGUAAAUCGAUUAAUAAGCUAGUGUAAAGGGGUUGGCCUAGUGUUGUUAUUAUUAUUAUUAUUAUUAUUAGUGUAUUAUUUAUAAUUCCUUGUAGAGUCACAUCCCCCAGAGCCCCUUUGACUUGCUCGUAUUUAGUAAAAUAUCAGGGUUCCAUGUAUUUGUUGUAAUCCCUUUAAAUACUAACUCAACAGGUAUGUGCACACUCUUAUAUAUGUAUCUCUUUUGUCUAGUGUGCAUCAUUUUACCUUCAAGUUCAUUGUGCGUAAAAGUGCGUAAUAACCUAAUAAGGGUUUCAUAUGGAAAGGUCUAUGGCAUAGCUCUCCAACCCUGUUCAUGGAGAGGCACUCUCCUGUAGGUUUUCACUACAACUCCAGUUGUAACUAACCUGAUUCAGCUUAUCAACCAGCUAAAUAUUAGAAUCGGGUACGGUAGAUGAGGGUUGGAGUGAAAAGCUACAGGAACAGUAGCUCUCCAGGAACAGGGUUGGAGAACCCUGGUCUAUGGGGUAUUUAUCCUUUAACAUUUCCUUGCGGCCAAUGUUACUAUUUCCUUGUGUAAUUGCUAAAAACAUAACUUAAAGAGUUUAAGCCGCUACUGAGAGUAAAUAUUUUAGACUACUUUGAUGUGGAAAUUAAUCAGGAAUACGUGUUUUCGGGUAGAUAGCGCGACAUGGUAUAUUUCCUUGAAGCAUAAUAUGCAACAUGCUAGUUCACAUUCAAUAUGGAACCUUGUUCGUGAUUGGGAUUAAGCCUAGUUUUAUAUAGUUCGGUCUGCCAAUAUAAGGUCAGCAGACCCAUUGGCCUGUAGCCAACUUGCAUUCAUCUAAUGACUGUGCAUUCUAACAGUGGAACGUUUUUAAACAUUUACGUGGAAAUGAAAGGGCCUUCAAUAACCCGCCCGUUUACACUCUCUCUCGUUUUGAUAUAUGCCAUAAAAAGAUGUACUCAUAUGCGCUUAAAUACAGGAUAUAACAUCCGUCGAAGAAAAACAAGCCUACAUUGUCUAAGAAUAAAAAUGUUUACAUUGUUAGCGCAUGCCUAAUAUCAUAAUGAAAUGUAAUUUAUUUCUUUACGUUUGUGUGUUUUGAAAAUGAAAUCUAUUUGAAGAAAAACAGUUUUUGGAUGGUAAUAUUUCUAAUUGAUUGUAAAUAGACCUAGGUGAAUAACCUCGAUUGUUUUAAUUGGAAUGAGUUGCAUAUGUUAAAAAUUGGUGUUUUGGGAAAUGACAUUGGAGUUGAAUGAGCAGAAGUCAUUUUUCCAGUUUUAGAUAUUGUUUACAUGUUCUUGUCCAGAAUGUAUUGAGCGUUAAUUGAUUUAACCGUGUUGUCGAUACAAUAAGGAAUGAUGUACUUAUUUGGUGUACAUGUAUUUUUGUUUGUUUGUUUGUGGGAGUACUGACAAACAUCCUGGGAAACUCUUAUGAUGCAUUUUCAGUGAGAUAUGAAAUGGGUGGCGUUUCUGGAGUCGCGCGCAUGGCUGUCCUUCAUUCUGAAUAUUAAGGAGCAUUAGACCCUAUUGUCUCUCCAUGCGCUCGAGCCUCGCAGCUUUCAUUAUAGAGACCUUCAGGUCAUCUCAGUUGGACUCUUCAUUUUUAAUAACAACAACGCUGUAAGCACCGACUCCAGAAACUACUAACCCCCUCUCAGUCUUUUUUUUUUAUAUCACAUUAAUCUCUUGUGUCUCUCAUGUAAAUUGUAUUCAGUCCUGUGUUGUUUAUCUGUGAGAUAGCACUGCUGAUGUUGGAUUCGUAUUAAAAAAUAGUUUACAUUAGAACAAUGUCUCGGCACUUUUUUAAUGCUAUUGAUAACUUCAUGGAAUUGAUAUGAGAUUAAAAUGAAAAUAAAGCAAUUGUAUUUAUGAUAGCCAAUUCAUUUUAGACAGUGAGAAGGUCUCGAGAGUGCGCAAAAUAGGGCGCAUAUGCGCCUUCUAUGCGUGUGAGUGAGAACAAAACAAGUUUGAGCCUUUUCAUAUUUCCACAUUCAUUUCAUCUUUUAGGAGGAGCAUGUGUUCAAAAUAUGUCUCGUGCGCCGGAGCAUUUGUCUUGAAUUGUACUUGAGGGAAAGGAGUCAAUUUGGCCAAGUGUACACAUGGUUCCCUGAAGAAGAUAGCCCUAGACCCUAGCAUCCAUUAAGAUGACCCUAUGGCAAUGUUUAUCUUGAAGUCGUCAUCUCAUACGUUUAUGAAAAUUAAAAGUUUUGGUUAUGUGUAUUUAAAACGUGCCACUCUGGGUAGAACCCGAGAAGGGGUUAGGGAAGGACGUGGAAUGAAACAAAUCGGCUGUGCUGUAUUGUGCGUGGAAAAUACUAAUCAUGAGGCCUGUGACACAUGACUAGUGAGGUAGGUUAUGAUUCUAAGGCCCAUGUUCCCUUUUUUCCAAAGAUGAACGCAAAGAAAACUGUAUGAUUUUUGAAUGCGUCUUUCCAAAAAAUGGCACGUCCAGCAAAUGCCCAACCCUUUGCAUAACGAGUCCAUGCAUUAUAUUGAACUAAAAAGCAGUCUAUUCAUGAACUU